AUGGGAUUCAAGGACGGCGAUCUCAAGAAGGGUGCUGGUCUCUUCAAGACCCGCUGCGCUCAGUGCCACACCCUCGGUGCUGGCGAGCCCAACAAGGUCGGCCCUAACCUCCACGGUCUCUUCGGCCGCAAGACUGGCUCCGUCGAGGGCUUCAGCUACACCCAGGCCAACAUCAACAAGGGUGUCACUUGGGACGAGGAGACCCUCUUCGAGUACCUCGAGAACCCCAAGAAGUACAUCCCCGGCACCAAGAUGGCCUUUGCCGGUCUGAAGAAGGAGAAGGACCGCAACGACCUCAUCACCUACCUCCGCGACGAGACCAAGUAG